AUGUGCUUCUAUAGAGUUUGUUGGGAUUUUGUGAAUGAUGAUCUUUUGAAAGUGGUGGAUGAGUUUUAUGGUGGUGCUCGUGGGAAGUGUUAUAAGAUUAUUGCUAAGCUUCUAGUGUCUAGAUUAAAAGUGGUGAUUCCCAAACUUAUUUCAAAGUGUGAAACCGUUUUUAUUACUAAUAGACAAAUGGUGGAUGGUGUCUUAGUUUUGAAUGAAGCGAUGGAUUUUGCUAGAAGGGAGAAAACGAGGUGUAUGUUGGUUAAAAUGGACUUUGAAAAUGUGUAUAAUUGUGUUUCAUGGGAUUUCCUUAGAAGUAUGUUGUGUUCUAUGGGGUUUGGUGAAGGUUUCCAUUUUAAUGAUAAUUCUCAGUUUGAUUUGUUACAAUUUACGGAUGAUACUAUUCUGAUUGGAGAGGAUUCUUGGGAUAAACUUUGGACCAUUAAAGCUUUUCUUAGAGGCUUUGAGUUGGUGUCGGGACUUCGGGCGACCGCUUCUUUCUUAUCUUGUGGGUUUCAUUUUCUCCCCUUUGUGUUUCUUGGUAUUCCAAUAGGUAUGAAUCCUAUAAGAAAAGGGUAUUGGAUUCCGAUGGUUUCCAAGUUGAAAAGAAGGUAUGGUGAUGUAAAGGUUGCAGUUUUAGGGGGUCCGAUCCAGUCUAACAAAGUGUCUUUGUGGUGGAGGGACCUAUGUGCCAUUGGGAACUCUGUUGAUAGUUCCUCUCAUUUCAAUUGGUUCUCUUCCUCAAUUUAUGAUAAACUUGGAAAUGGGAAGACUAUAGAUUUUUGGAGAUACUAA